AUGUGUUGUGGACAGGCGCCGAGCUUGGGGCUCACGCCGAGCCAGGAGGUCAAAGACUUUGUACAUGCGUGCCGCAAGGCUCUCUUGACGGGACAUCGAGAGCAGCUCCUCACUGCCAUGAGUGAUGUUAUGAGCUAUUGCCCAGACUGCUUGUGUCAGUGGGCAGCCGACCAUCGCACAGACCGGCAGCCCCUUGCUGUUCGUGCCACAUUGUCCGGGCCGGCCUACUUCUUUGCUUGUGAGGAGGAACAGGACUUUGAUGUGCAAGAUGAAGUUUUCAGUGUGCCCUUGAUUACUCAUGUGUCACAGGCGCAAGCUGCUGCUGGGUUCUUUGAUGGUGUGCGGACUGGAGUCCCGUCUUCACGCAGGGCCCGGCGGCGAUACAACCGCAGACUUCGCCUUGCAUCAAUAGAGCCCCUUCGGGGAGCCCCCAAGACCCCGGCGGAGGAGGUUAUGACCGGGAGUUGGACGUAUUCUCAGGAGGAGGUUGGCCGCUGGCCCGGGGGUCUUGGGGGACCUGUGGAUGACGAUAGCUCGCAAAACCUGUUGGAUCCCAGCCCGGCACGCGACACUCAGCAGUCGCUGGAAUUUUGCAAGGUGCAUCCCGAAGGGUCGGAGAAACAUGAGAUGCAACCCGAUGUGCGCCCCGUUGGCUGCACUCGGGAACGUGCAAACUGUGGCGAUUCGUGCCUGCAAGACAUGAUUUGCCACCCGAUGUGCGCCCUGAUGGCGGCGAUCUCCCGGUUGGAAGACACAGGCUUGCUGCAAGAGCAAACUUUUGAAUGGAACGCCGCCGAACUGGUCAUGGAUUCACUUCAUGGAGAAUGUGGCCCAGCGGCACAAUGGGCCGUGGAGGACGUUUUGGCAAACCUGCAGUGCCGCCCCAGCAGGCAACCGGUUCGCAUCACAUGUCUUAAUGUCACCAAAUGGCGUAAAGAGCUGGCUAGUUGGAUUGCGAAUUUAAGCCCGGACCUCGCCCUCCUUCAAGAGACCCACCUUGAUGCUAAAGAUGGCAGCCUUCUUGCUGCCCAUGCUGGGGUGUUCGGGUAUGAGGUCUUUCAGUGCCCGGCUGUGGCCACGGGCAAAGGGGGCAACACCGGGGGAUUGGCAAUCUUGCACCGGAGACACCUCGAUGUGUCGCAAAUCACCAGCCACCUCGUUGAAGGUAAAGCCGCCAUGUUCAGGGUAAAAGGCUUUGAUCUUUACGUUGUCAACGUGUACUUGAAAUCAGGCGAGGGUUUCCAGAGUAGCACCAAUGCCGGCAUCAUUGCAUCACUUCUUUCCUUUGUCCGAUCCAUCAGAGGUGCCUUUGCGAUUUUGGGUGACUUUAAUGAUGACUUUGAAACCCUAAGCUCCACCCAUAUUGGGGAGGAGGCGCGUGCGGUGUGGGUCGGACAAGGCACGUCCACCUGUUCUGGCGGAGGCCAAAUUGAUUUUGGUUUAAUUUCGAAUAGCCUGGCAACUUGUGCUGUGGUGCAGCUGGACUGGAACACCCCGUCAAGGCCGCAUGCAGCUUUGCAUUGGCAGCUUGAUGUUGCCCUGUUGCAUCAAAAAAUGCCGCAGCUCAAGGGUUUCAAGCCUGCGCAGCUCGAUUCACAGCCUUUUCAGCUAAGCACAGUCAGGCCAGAGGUCACCAUCUUAGAUGAGCAGGUUACAGACGAUUUGACAAUUGAUUUUGCGGCUCUAAGCUGUGCUGUUGAAAUGUCAGUUUAUGGCCAGGCCCAGGGAAGAGGAGCCAACAUUCUUUUGCAUCGUGCGCCAUUGCCUGUGCAGGGCGCUCCCAAUGCUGGUUGGGGAGGUAAGGCUUCGGCUUUCUGGUGCAGAUUCUUAGGUUGGAUCAAAGCUGUGCGCAACUCGGGUUGGCAUGUUAGUGGUUUCGGGCAGCAAGCAGGGAACCAGCUCAAAGAUGUAUGGUAUGGUGAUGCGACCUCCUUACAGGCUUUUGCCAGCGCGCUUGCAAAUGCCAGUCAACAAUAUAGAGUGUACCAAAGAUGGAAGCAGUGGCACGACAUUUGGUGCCAGCCGGUCACUACGGACCCGCAUUUGUUGGCAGAGGUCAAAGCAAGAGCUAUCGAUCAAGCCAAGCAUUUGCCGCCCAUAAAUUUUGAGAAGGCUGUAAAACUUUUCAAAAAGUUUCCAGCGAAGGCUCCUGGGGCCGACGGCUGGACGGCACAGAUGCUAAACAACUUGAGCGAAGAGGCAGUCCGGGCUGUUAUUGAUUUCAUGCAUGCUUGCGAGGCUAGUGCAGAGUGGCCAGCACAGUUUGCCAUUUCCUUGAUAGCUUGCCUGCCCAAAAGCACACUCCGCGAGAGGCCAAUAGCCUUGCUCCAUGUGCUUUACCGUUCAUAUGUGCGCCUCCGUUUCUCCUUGAUAAACCAGUGGCAGCAGGAGUAUGCUAAUCAAUGCCACUGGGACCGCUCCCUGCCGGGUGGAGCCGUACUGGACGUCGCGUUGGGGAGACUGGUCCGGGGGGAGUGUACUCGGCACCACCGGUUACACAUGGUAACGCUCUUUUUAGAUUUAGAGACCUUCUUCGAUCGUUGCCGGUUCGAUGAAAUGUUCCGGGCGGGACUCAAGUUGGGCUAUCCGCCCAUCAUUUUACACCAGGCAUAUCUGGUUUACAGUGGAGCCAGGUAUCUACAGGCCGAAGGCACGGUCGCACCGGUCAUCAAGGCCAAUACCGGACUCUUGCCAGGGUGCCCUGCGGCACCAUCGAUAGCCAAACUCAUCAUGCAUGAUGUUGCGGCUGAGCUUAGUGUCAAACCAGGAGCGUCCAACUUGGAUGUUUGGAUAGAUGAUCUUAGUCUUGAUACGGUUACCGCAGCUCCCAAGCAAACUGCCAGCAUUGCUUUGCGCUUGUUUCGAGGUCUUCGCAAUUCCCUGGAGUCCAGGGGUGCAAAAGUUGCCAUCAGCAAAACUUCUUUUGUUGCCACGUCGUCUGAGGCUUGCAAGGCUUUGAAGGCAAUAUGCCAGCCGGAUGAUCCAGCCAUCAAAAAUCUCGCCCGCGACCUAGGUGAUGGGCAAAAAUUCGCCAGCACUUGGAAAAGCAUUUGGAAUCACUUGUCCAAAGCAAAAGACCAUUGGAAGAGAGUCACCGGACCAAUUGCUGCCACCCAAGCGUAUUUGAUUGAGUUGGGUGUGGAAUGCUCACAGGUGCAUCUGUGGCGGCAUGCCAAAGGGAACCUUCAGCUCGACUGGACCAAUUCUGAUGUCAUCCGCAGCGGCUGGGAGUGGGUGCAUAAAUUACUGCUACACCAGCAAGGGCUUCGCAUUGCCCAGCAAGAAGGUUGUGGUUCGCUCGAUCAGGGCAUUGACUUCACUGUCCACCGCAAGUUGUUGAAGCGCAAACAUGUUCAGCGAGCUACCCUUAGCAAUUUGCAUGCGGUAUGGCAAGGAGCGAUGGUUUCCUCAGCCAAGCCUGGUUGGUGCAGGCUGUGCCAGUGUCCGCUUUCUUUGCAACAUAAUCUUUGGGAAUGUCCGUUCAUUUGCAAGCAGUUUGAUGCCAAGGAGUUUUCCGAUUUGAAAUCCCAGUACCCUUGGCCUUCACUGUGGUUGAGAGGCCUGCCUCCCCUUAGUGAAGUGCGGCAUCCCAAACCUGCGAUUGAUCAAUGCGGCUUGCAAGUCACGGGACUCUGGUUGACCCAGAGUACUUUGGAAGGAAGUCGAUAUGUUUUUGCUUGUGAUGCUUCUGGAGGACCAGGCGGCUCGGAUCAAAGGCUCCUCGUAACGACUUGGUCCAUAGGGGCCUAUGCCUUGGUCAAUGGGCAGCCGCAGCGGGUUGCGAGUGUCACCUGCUCGGAAUCGGAGCCUAUGACAGUGCCUCAGGCCGAACAGCGAGCUCUUUUUGAAUUGAUGCAACGUGUCACCGGUGACUUUGAUGCCACCAUUGACUGCAAAAGUGUAAAGCAAAUACUGAGCAAGGCCAACCCGCCGCAGGAAGGUGCUGUGCCAUGGGGCACGGUUUGGCACGAACGCAGUCGCAUCCGCUUGCACUGGGUUUCUUCACAUAAAAGUGCCGCUUACUUUGAAAAGCAGGGCUGGGAGCAGUGGAGGCGCCUCAUCAACGAAGACGUUGACAAACUCUGUGGGGAAAGGGCUUCUCAGCACUUUUCGGGGGCGCAUGCGAAGUGGCUGAAGAAAGUUGAUUCCGUGGUGGAACAAGGCUGCUACUCCUUAGCGCGCCGUGCUGGUUUCAUCAUACGGCAGAGCAAGAGCCCGGAUUUUCCGUGGAUUUUGAAUAGGGGUGCUACUGAUACUGAUUGUGAGGCCAAAGCCAGCAACAACUUUGCGAUCCAGUGCACCGUUUGCCAGCUUUAUGUGGAGCAGUGUGCUUGCAACUGGCGCUGCAAAGUGUGCAGGAAGACUGUAGCUCUUACAAACGUGGACGCGGACUUGUUUGGGGCCAGAGACUUCCUCUCAGUCUCUAUUCUUCCAAGCUCCACCUCUCACCAGACGACUUCAGCUUGCUUCUGGGUGUGGAUCAUCGGACACCGAACGUUUUUCGAGACCUUCAACCAGCACUUCGUGCCGAUCAUCGACCAGAUGAACGACGCCAUCGUGGUUGGAGGGUGCAGCGCAGAUGUCGAGCUGGAUGAGUAUCUGGCAGUUGCACGGCGUGGAUCCAGUUUGGUUUGGCUGAAGCGUUUGGGCUACCGCAUCACUCGAAAGGGUCAAGGUGGAGGCGGCCCCAUUUCUGUUGAAGAGAUUGUGGUCUUUUGGACUCUAACGAGCCAAUUCUGGCAGAAGGAAGCGUUUGAAAUGACGGCGCGAGUGAAGCACAAACCGCUCCACCCGGAAUUUUCCAAGAAAAUGCGGGUCCAAGUGUGGGUUGGAGACCACUACGAGGAGCAGCUAAGAGUUGGAGGGACCCAGAAGAUAGAUGGGUUUUUCGCGAGUUUCCGACGUGUUGUUGGAAGACGCCCCUUCUUCAACACUGUAGGCCCUUCCUCUGAAGAGAAGGCGCCCCGCAUGGAGCAGCUCAUGCAUUUCCAUGUGCGACUUUUCCAGCUGAAGCACUGGUUUGGAGGCCAAGAUAUGUUUGCCGUUUUUGGAAGCUUCGACAGUCUCAAAGAGACGUUGGGGCUGUGA